UGCUAAUACUUUUGAAUUGAAGAAUAAUCAGCCAUAAGACGCUGCCAAUGCAGUGAGCUUCCAGCCACGUUCCAUCCUUGCUCCUCGACGGCCAUGACUCGGCACACCAUCCUCAUUACUGGAUGCACCACAGGAGGUCUGGGCUACGCUCUCGCGAAAGAGAACCACAAAAGAGGCCUCAGGGUGUUCGCUUGUUCUCGUACGCUAGAGUCGAUGGAACCCCUCGCAAAGCUCGGCAUUGAAACUUUCGUUUUGGACGUUGCAAACUCACAGAACAUUAAAGACCUGAAGACUACUAUCGCAGAAAAGACCGGAGGUUCGCUCGACAUUCUUGUCAAUAGCGCCGGACUAGCGUAUCCGUAUUCUGUUUUCGACCUGGAUAUGGCCCGUGUUCGCCAAUUGUACGAUGUUAACUUCUUUGGCGCUUUGGAGAUGGUCCACGUCUUUCUCCCCCUCCUUCUCGCAUCCAAUGACGCGUGUGUCGCCCAAAUAUCAAGUCUGGCUGCCCUCAUGCCCGUACCCUUCAACGCCGUCUAUAACUCGUCCAAGGCUGCUCUUCUCUCAUUCGGAGACACCCUUCGCGUCGAGAUGUCUCCAUUCAAAGUCAAAGUGAUAACUAUCCUGACUGGAAAUGUGCAGUCCAACAUCAUGAAGCCGGUCACACUUCCUGAAACUUCCAUAUAUCAACCAGUCAAGGAAAUCUACCAGAAAAAACGAAUAGAUGAAUUCCAGGGUCAGGAUAUUCUACAUUCUAUUUACUCUUAUUUUUCAUUCUACCGACAUCAACAUAGACAAGGCUAUCCCGGCUGACGUCUUUGCGAGAGCAGUCACUGCCGAGAUCCUCAAACCCAAUCCGAAGCAUCACUUGUGGAUUGGUGCUAACUGGCUCACUGUUUGGUUCAUUAGCAUGUUCCUUCCCCGGUCAACAUUCGAUUUUAUCUUGUCACGAAUGUAUGGAAUCACCGAAUUGGCCAAGCGUCUGGCACGGGGCAAGAAGGCGGCUUGAGUGGUUGUGGCAGCACUGGCAUUAAUAUAUGCAUUAAUAUAUUUGCUCUGUACCCAUGGAAGAAAUCAUAUUAGAU